CACAACUAAAUCACUUCGUUGUGAAGAUUUUUUUAUUCAGGAUCUCACCAAACAUAACAAAACUAACAAACUCUGUCUCUCUGCUUAUCCUCCGCCGCUUCACCACCGUCGUAUCCGCCGCAGAACCACCGUACGGAGAAGCAAAUCUCAACACCAAUCCGUCGCAAUGGGGAGAGGCGGCGCACUAAGCGAAAGCGUAAUAAAGAACAUCGUUCUCUCAUACAGCUACGUAGCGAUAUGGAUCUUCUUAAGCUUCACGGUAAUCGUCUACAACAAAUACAUCCUCGACAAGAAGAUGUACAAUUGGCCAUUCCCGAUCUCACUCACCAUGAUCCACAUGUCCUUUUGUUCAACCCUAGCUUUUCUCAUCAUCAAGGUUUUCAAAUUCGUCGAGCCUGUUAAAAUGACUCGCGAGACUUACCUGAGAUCCGUCGUCCCGAUCGGUGCUUUGUACGCUUUAUCACUAUGGUUAUCGAAUUCUGCUUACAUUUACCUAUCAGUCUCCUUCAUUCAGAUGCUUAAAGCACUGAUGCCUGUCGCUGUUUACUCAAUCGGUGUUCUGUUCAAGAAGGAAGGUUUCAAAUCUGAUACUAUGAUGAAUAUGCUCUCGAUUUCGUUUGGUGUUGCGAUUGCUGCUUAUGGUGAAGCUAGGUUUGAUGUUUGGGGUGUGAUUCUUCAGCUUGGUGCUGUUGCUUUUGAAGCCACUCGUUUGGUUUUGAUUCAGAUCUUACUUGGGGAUAAAGGGAUUAAGCUUAAUCCCAUUACUUCGUUAUAUUACGUUGCUCCUUGUUGUUUAGCUUUCUUGUUUAUUCCAUGGAUCUACGUUGAGUUUCCGGUUCUUAGAGAUACGUCUAGCUUUCACUUGGAUUACGCGGUUUUCGGGGCGAAUUCGUUCUGUGCGUUUGCGUUGAAUCUUGCUGUGUUCCUUUUGGUUGGGAAAACCUCUGCUUUGACUAUGAAUGUUGCUGGUGUGGUUAAGGAUUGGCUCUUGAUUGCUUUCUCAUGGUCUGUGAUUAAGGAUACUGUGACUCCUAUUAAUCUUUUCGGGUAUGGGAUUGCGUUUUUGGGAGUUGCGUAUUACAACCACGCGAAGUUACAGGCUUUGAAGGCUAAAGAGGAGGAGAAGAAGAAGGUUCAGCAAGCUGAUGAGGAGAGUGGUCGCUUGCUUGAAGAGAGGGAAGGUGAUGGAGAAGGUAAGAAGAAUGAGUCUGGUAAUUAAAUGAAGAGUUCUUGAUUCGAGAACAAGAAAAUGGAAUUUAGUUACAUAUAGAGAAUUGGUGGAAUAAGAGCAUGGAAGAAGAUUAUGAUUUGGAUUAAAUCAGGGAUGGUAGG